GAUCCCCAAAACCCUCUCUUCAGCAUCAGAAUUAUUCUUCAGCAUCUUUCUUUUCUCUUUUUUAUUUAUUUUUGCAUAAUUUUAGGUUAGAUUUAGAUUACUAGUUAGAACAAAUAACAGAUCUCUUCAUUUCAUUUUUAACUUAAUCAUCAUCAUCAUGAUGACUUCUUCAGUCAUCAAGAUUGACGGUGAAGAACUGGUCAACCCUGUUGCAAAUCUCUCCAUCUCAGAUCAGAAGGAAAUGCAAAGGAAAGCUGAGAACAGUGAGAUGGGUUAUGGGAAUCAUAGUGGCAUUUGCGCAAUUUGCUUGGAUAAGAUAGUGCUUCAGGAAACUGCUCUUGUAAAAGGUUGCGAGCACGCUUACUGUGUGAGUUGUAUCCUACAAUGGGCGUCAUACAAUAAUACACCAACCUGUCCUCAAUGUAAAAAUCCCUUUGAGUUCCUUGACGUGCAUCGUUCCCUGGACGGCAGCAUUCGUGAUUAUAUGUUUGAGGAGAGCGUGUGCUUACUUCUUAGGGCGUCAUGGUUUAAACCUUUGGUUGUGGAGGAACGUGAAGUGGUUUAUGAUGAUCCGGAAGAUUAUUACCUAUAUGAGGAUGAAGAGGAUGACCUCGAUGAAGUUUACUUUAGCAGUUCAUCAAGUCUUCGCAUAGGCAAUAGAAGGUGGGGCGAUAAUGGAUAUGUUAGGGCAGGGCGCCAAGAAGCAAGGCCUGUCCAUCGCCCAAAUCUGCAGGACUCAGGUGCUAGUUCCUCACGCGAGCGUAAAAAGAAAGAGGUUGCAAAAAACACCCCAGCAACGGGACGACGAGCAAAGAGAGCUCUUAAGCGUGAAGCUGCAGAUAAGGCGGCUGCAGUGAAACAUCAAGAGCAUUUGGUGAGGUUGGGACGGAGCGUCGGCCCCUCAUGUCCUCAAUAAAUAGCCUUAAAACCAUGUACUUGAUCGCCAUUUUGUACAGUAUUUCCAUGCUUUUAACUAUGUGAAAUAAAUACAUAUUUAGUUGGUUGGGUAUGCAGUGAUCAUUGAUCAGUAGUUGAAUCACUGCUAUGUUGUAUCUUUGAAAAUUCAGCUUCAGAUUAGUCAACUGCUUGAUAAACAAAUUCCGAAUACUUUUACUAUUGUUUAUCCGGGAAGUUGGAAUGGAAAAUAAACUGUAAAUAAGCAAGAAAUUUAACCA